CCCCAAGCUCCGAUUCAAUCCAUUGACGAGCUGUCAAUCCAUCAUUAAACUUAACAAAUGCAGGUAACAAAUUUCUUUGGGCUCUAACAUCACUGUAAUUGAAUUUUUUGUCACAUUGAACAAAUUCCUUAUGCAUUAUCUCAAAAAUAGGAGUUUCUUACACUUUUGACAUGUUUUACAGAAACAAGAAGAAUGUUCCAGUUUCAAAUGUUGAUCGGGGAAGAAAAGCAAAACCUCCGUAUAUGAGGACAAAAUUCUUGAGGAUAAAAACCUCCGUAUCGCUACAGUAUAGGAGGGAAAAGGAGGAUUUAAAGACAGGAAUUGCCUUUUGAUUCGGGGGCCCAGAAAGAGUUAGUCGGGAGAGGCCCAAUUAAUCUCAUUCGGUGGGUGGUCCGUAGCCUAGAAGCAAGCUCAUGUAAUCGAAAAUCGCAAAAUAAAUAAAUAAAUAAAAUAGCGUAUAAAACAUGUGAUUUUUUUGGAGGGCAAAUAUUAAAUUAGAAAAAUUAUAAUACAACCAUUCACAUCUACUAGGUGAUCGCGGAAUGGAUUGAAUCAGGUGGCAUUUCAUUCAUCAUCCGUUCAAAAUAGGCAGAUUAGAAAAAAAAAUCAAUCUGCAUCCAUCUACCAGUUUGGCGGAUGUAUAUUGCACAGGCCAUGCUGGUUGGCAGAUGAAUGCGAUCAGUUUGGCGGUUUAAACCUUAUAAAUUUUAGACAUUUUUUUGAAUUAUAAUUCAUAACUUUUACAAUCUAUAAUAACUAGUAAUUUGAAGAAAAAAAAAAAUGUAUUAUUUGUCUAUCAUAAAUUAUGGCACCGUGUAUGUAUAUUUUCAAAGUAAUGUUUUCUAUUUUUACAAAAAUAUAUACUGUAUUAUUUCUAUUCUUUGUUGUUAUUUGUUAGCAGUUUCUUUUUUAUUUUUUUUGAACUUCAUCUACAACCGGAUCGGGUUCAUACGGGUGCGGGAUAAUUGAUCUGCCGUCCGAACCAUGUCCACAGAUUUUGAAAUAUUUUAUCUGCAUCUGCCGGCCGAAAGACAUGCAUCCACCUAAAAUUAAUUGGGUUAGAUCGGUCGGUUAGGUUGGUGGGUUGAACAGAUCCAUGAUCACCUCUAACAUCUACAAAUAUUACCAUAACCAACAUCAUCAUUCCAUCAUCCCAAUAAUCAUCAUCAUUACACCACUGUCGCCAACUCACUUUUAUCUUCAUUACAUUACACCUUUACUAUCACCGCAAUCACUAUUUUCUUAUUUUCACAAUCAUUAUCAUUGGCACUAUAGUUACCAUUGUUGCCUCUACUUCCAUCACCACCACCAACCGACUUACUAUCACAAUAUACAAUUAAAAGAUAUAAAAAUUUAAAUUUAAUAUUGUACAUAUCAAAUAAUUUAUUUUAAUUCUACACUUACAUUUUUAUCAAACAUAUUCUUAGCUUACAAAAUUUAGCAUUCAAUUUUCACCACUUAAUUUUUAUUUUUUCAAUUUUAUUAAACACCACUUAAGUCAUCCAUCUAUCUCUGUAUAAAGAAACUAAAAAAAAAUAAAAAUAAAUUCAAGAAGCAUAUUAUCUUAUUGAGAUUUUUGGAUAGAAGUCCCACAAAUGGAUUAUAUCUUAUAAAAUGUCCAAGUUAAAAUAUUUUAAUAUCUAAGAUCUUUCAUGUCAUAUUUUUAUUGUGAAAAGGACAAAUUAAAAUAAAUAAAUAAAUAAAAUAAAAUAAAAUUGGACUUUUUUACCUACAACUUUCAUUAUCUUCUAUAGCCUCUCAUUUUCUCUCAAAGUUAUAAAUUAUAAUUCAAAAAAAUGUCUAAAAUUUAUAAGGUUUAAACCGCCAAACUGAUCGCAUUCAUCUGCCAACUGGCAUGGCCUGUGCAAUAUACAUCCGCCAAACUAGUAGAUGGAUGCAGAUUGAUUUUUUCUCUAAUCUGCCUAUUUUGAACGGAUGAUGAAUGAAAUGUCACCUGAUUCAAUCCAUUCCGCGAUCACCUAGUAGAUGUGAAUGGUUGUAUUAUAAUUUUUCUAAAUUUAAUAUUUGCCCUUCAAAAAAAUCACAUGUUUUAUACGUUGUUAUUUUAUUUAUUUAUUCAUUUUGCAAUUUUCGAUUACGUGAGCUUGCUUCUAGGGUACAGACCACCCACUGAAUGAGAUUAAUUGGGCCUCUCCCGACUAACUCUUUCUGGGCCCCCGAAUCAGAAGGCAAUUCUUGUCUUUAAAUCCUCCUUUUCCCUCGUGUACUGUAGCGAUACGGAGGUUUUUGUCCUCAAGAAUUUUGUCCUCAUAUACGGAGGUUUUGGUUUUCUUCCCUGAUCAACAUUUGAAAUUGGAACAUUCUUAUUGUUUUUGUAAAACAUGUCAAAAGUGUGGGAAACUCCUAUUUUUGAGAUAAUGCAUAAGGAAUUUGUUCAAUGUGACAAAAAGUUCAAUUACAAUGAUGUUAGAGCCCAAAGAAAUUUGUUACCUGCAUUUGUUAAGUUUAACAAUGGAUUGACAGCUCGUCAACGGAUUGAAUCGGAGCUUGGGGGUGCAGGUGCGAAUUGGAUACAUCUGCAAGUUGAUGAUGGAAAAUGGGUUGUUCCUGCAUUUUGCAGUUGGAUUCAAUGCAUGCCAGAGAGCUACUUCAACUGUCAGCACUGCAGUAACCCCUGUUCCAAGAUUACCAUCGGAGAUCACUGGGCAACCUGUGGAGAAGAUGUUUUCUGAUUUUCCUGAACUGUUUCAACCUUUUGCCCAUUAAUCUGGUAAAUCAAUCUUCAUCUGUUAUGUAUAAAUGAUUUCAGAGAAAUUGAAAUCAGUUCCCAAAUGAUUUCUGAGAAGAGAAAUUGAAAUCAGUUCCCAAAUGAUUUCUGAGAAUUUGUAGACGAGUUUUUUUCAUUUCAGAUCUGUUGGUAUUUUAAAUUGUGAACUGUUGAACCUUUGCACGAAGAGAUACCUGGGACACCCGACCGGUCGUCCCCCGGGUCAUCCAGCCGGUCGACCUACUGGUCAUCCCCUGUGGCCAGCUUGCUCUGCUUUUAACUGUUUGAACCUAGAACUAUUUGAACCUUUGCACAAAGAGACCCCGUACCUGAAAAAAAAUUGAUAAUGUUUUGUAAGAUUUACGUUAUGAUUUGUAUUUUAAAAUAUUAAACUUAGUGUAUUUAUGUUAAUUUUUAUUAAUAUGUAUUCUCAAAAGUUGUUGACUUU